UAAUCAACAGUUUCGUUAAUGCUUGUGGAUAACGAAAUUUUUCCACAAUCAGUCUACAUUGUGACAUUUGCCAUUUCUCAAGAAAUCCUCCAAAUAAGAAACCAGAAGUGUAAGAAAAUGAAUAAAGCCAAAACCAAGGAGGCUGCCUGUCAAUUUUCCGGACACAAGAAUAUGAAUCACUUGAGCCCCACCAAACAAAGGCAAAAGAUAUUAUCAUCAUUUCAAGCUCCACACAUCACCUUCUCUGAAGGGUUUUUCAGCUAAACUCUUGUGGGGUUUUGUUGAUAUCAAGGUCUUGACAUCUGGAUUAUCAAUUGCUGGACCUUGCUCUUUGAGUUUGAAGAACAAACUGAAAGCAUGGAAGAGAUCAAGGGUGGAAUCAAGAAAGAUGUCACUGAAUUAAUAGGUAAUACUCCAAUGGUAUAUCUAAGUAAAAUGGCUGAUGGUUGUUUUGCUCGUAUCGCUGCUAAAUUAGAGACAAUGGAGCCCUGUUCUAGCGUCAAAGACAGGAUCGGGCUGAGUAUGAUUGAAGAUGCAGAGGAUAAGGGCCUGAUUACACCAGGGAAGACUGUCUUAAUCGAGGUUACGAGCGGUAACACGGGCAUUGCACUGGCGAGCAUUGCAGCAGUGAAGGGCUAUAAACUUAUUGUAGUUAUGCCAGCUUCAUAUAGCCUCGAAAGACGAAUGCUGCUUCUAGCUUUCGGAGCCGAACUGCACAUCACAGACCCUGCAGCAGGGCUUGAAGGGCUUCUAAAGAAGGUUGAGGAGAUAAUGGUAGUCACGCCCAAUAGCUAUUUUCUGAAGCAAUUUGAAAAUCCAUCAAAUCCAAAGAUUCAUUAUGAAACCACUGGGCCAGAGAUAUGGAAAGACUCGGGAGGAAAAGUCGAUGCUUUGGUUGUAGGGAUUGGAACUGGAGGGACAAUUACUGGUGCAGGGAAUUUUCUCAAGGAACAGAACCCAGACAUUAAGGUUUAUGCAGUGGAACCAGCCGAGAGUGCUGUGCUAAGUGGAGAAAAACCUGGCAAGCAUCUCAUUCAAGGAAUUGGGUCUGGCUUCAUCCCUCCUGUUCUUGAUCUCAAAGUCUACGAUGAAAUUAUUCAGAUCUCAAGUGAGGAAGCAAUUGAAACUGCAAAGCUUCUUGCAAUCAAGGAAGGGCUCCUUGUGGGGAUUUCAUCAGGUGCAGCAGCAGCUGCUGCAAUAAAGGUUGCAAAGAGACAAGAGAGUGAAGGAAAACUUAUCGUUGUCGUCUUCCCAAGCUCCGGCGAGCGAUAUCUGUCAACGAAACUUUUUGAUUCAAUCAGGCAUGAAGCAGAAAAUAUGACUUAUGUAUAAGUUGAUUCAUUCGAAAUUUUCACACGUACAUGUAUCAAUUCAAUCUUGAAAUUCGAAUAUAUUGUUGAAGGAAAAUAAUGAUAAGAACAAUUAAAAAGGUAAAUUGAAUUAGACUUUGCGUCUAUAAAUUACUAUUAGUAGAUUAUGUUCAUGUAAUUAAACUUUUUAGUUUGCUAGUUCCACUUCCUUUAUUUAUUGAACUCA